AUGGAGGAAUUGGCAGCGCAGCUGCGAUCGUGUGGGCGCACUCGCGAUCUCGCCCAUGCCCGGGCUCUCCACAAUCGAAUUCGCCACAGCAAGCAUCGCAACAGUAGAUUUCUCGCCAAUCUUGUCGUGGAGAUGUAUGGGCGCUGCGGGAGCACGGCCGACGCCCUGGCCGCCUUCCAGUCGAUCGACAAGCCCAAUUCCUUCUCCUGGAACAUCGUGAUCGCGGCAUUCGCCCACAACGGCCAGAUUGACACCGCGCGCGCCCUCUUCGACCAGAUGCCCGAGAGAGAGAGAAGCCAAGACCCAAUCUCUUGGAAUUGUCUCAUCACUGCGUAUGGCGAGCGCGAUCGUCCGGGCGAAGCGCGUGAGCUCUUCGAUCAAAUGCCCUCUCGCGACACGAUUUCCUGGAACGCAAUGCUCGCAGCGUAUGCCCAACAAGGGAAUCUAGACGAAUCUAAACUCCUCUUCGAUCGCAUGCCCAACAAGGACAUUAUCUCGUGGAACACCCUCAUCUCUACGUACGGAAGAACUGGCCAGUUGGAAAUGGCCCAAGCUACGUUCGACGCAAUGGCUGUACGAAACUCUGUGACGUGGAACUCUCUCCUAGCAGCAUAUGCCCAGACCGGGCAUCUACACAAAGCGGAAUCUUUACUAGAUUCCAUGCCCGGGCAUCUACGCGAUGCUGUCACCACGACCAUCAUGCUAAGCAAAUUUUCGACACAUCUCCACACCACGACGUUGUCUCCUGGAACUCCAUGCUUGGAGCUUACACCAAAAACGGCCACUUUCACGAAGCUUUGCUUCUCUUCCAAAAAAUUCCCACCAAGGACGUUGUCUCCUGGAACUUGA